CCAUUACAAGUGUUGUCACCAAACCAAGAGAUAUGAACUUUUUGCAAGACCAAGUACUUCUGUUUGCUGUCGUCGUGGCAUCAGCCAUUGUUUACAACUUGGCCCAAGACCCUGUCAACCUGGCCCUGAAUAAGAUAGCGACAGCAAGCAGCGUCGAUACGUCGCCUCAGCUGGCAGUUGACGGAAACAUGUCUCCGAGGUUUCGCGACGGCAGCUGCUUCAACUCCCCGUUUGACACCGCUUUUACAGUGGCUCAGCGUAGACUUAGACGACGUCUACGUCAUCACAAGCGUCAACGUCACCAACAGGGCUGACUGCUGUGCUGACAGAAUGCAUGAUGUGUACGUGGAGGUAUUUUCGGACAACAACGACUCCCCGGGUUUCUGCAGUUCCCAUGAUGGCGUGGUGGGUGCAGGAGAAACCAUUCGUCUCACAUGUGAUCCACCCCAGUUCGGGCGCCACGUCAGACUUAGCCGGCCUACCACAAGCAGUGAGCGUUUUGCCGUCUGUGAGAUGCAGGUCUUUGGAUACAGAUCGCCACAACAGUGUUCAAGAUAUGUGAGGAAAGUUGGAGUGCGCCUAAAUCCGGUCAACUUCACCAGUUUCCAGGGGGAGACAACUCUACCGGCGUGUGGCAACGCCUGUCAUGGUUCUGCAGGAUGCAUAGGAUUUAACUAUAACGAGGGUGAGCCGUGCAUGCUUGUGCACCGUCAUGCAGGCUUCACUGAAGACAGCGAGUGGAGCGUAUUUUUGCUUCAGCAGUGUUGACAAUAGACUUUUGCCCAAUCGUGUGUACCACCAAGUGAUAUGACUAUAAAAUUGUUAAAAGCGGCGUAAUACCAUACGCAUUUAUUCACACAAAGUGUGCACCCGUUUUAGACAUUCUGGUGCUGUUAUCAUGACUGAUGAUGUUUACCCUUUUGCAGUUUCAGAUACACACACACACGACUGGUACAAUACAGUGUCCUUUUUGGUCCGCUUAUUGUAACUUCUGUU